AUGGCUUCUUCUUUCUCCUUCGCUUCCCUCUCCAUGGUUCUGCUGCUGCUUCUUCUCCAUGGCCAGUCCGCCUCCGCCUACGUCGAGCAGACCUGCAGGGACGCGUCGAACAGCGACCGGAGGGUGAACUACGACUUCUGUGUCGACCGCCUGUACAAGAGCCCUCGGGCGACGGAGGCAGACACGUGGCUGCUGGCGCAGAUCGCCGCCGAGCUCGGGAUAAACACCACGGGGAUCGGGAGGAGCAAGAUGAACGAGCUGGCUCAGUCCGAGCGGGACUCGGCAGUGAAGGUGCUCCUCGAGGCGUGCUCGACCAACUACGGCAACAUGGUGAUGGCGUGCGCCAAGGCCGACGACUGCAUCCGGGCGAGGGACUACGCCGGGGCGAAGAGGCUUCUGACGCAGGCCACCGGCAUGGGGACGCAGUGCGGGAGCAUCUUCUCCAGAGCCAGAAAGGCGGCGCCUCCGGUCGUCGCUCAGCUCGACGGCGAGGCCGUCAACUUGGUGAUCUUGUGUUACGCCAUCACCAACUUGUUACUUGCUGAAAUUGAUUGGAAUUCUCUCUCAUUCGUUCCCUCCUUCUCCCUCGUCUUCGUCGAAGGUCGUCUGGCUGACCACUUGGGCCCCUGCCGGGCACCAACCGCCUGCUAUCCGGUGGACUUUGAUUUGCAGCUACAAGGUGUUGCAGCUUCAUGGAGACGAAGCUGCUACAACGUGUAG